ACUUGUCAGUCGGCCAUAUAAGACCACGACGGGACACCCGUCCAAAUUGUCAUUCGGGUUGUUCUCUCAGUGACAGUUUCCUGAAACCUGCUCUAGCUCCUUCCACAAUGAUCCGCGCCAUCAUUCUCAUCAGCUGCUGCGUUGCAGCGUUUGCUCAAACCGCGAGCAAAUCCAGCUCCGCAAGCGUCAAAGGUGUCAGCGUAUGCGGUCGUCCACCACGGCCCGCCGACCGCAACUGGUCCGGCGGAUCCCGCAUUGUUGGCGGUCAGCCGGCCGAACCUGGCUCGCAUCCCUGGAUUGUUGGCUUGGUCCAAGAUUACGGACUGGGUUAUGAAGUCGCUCAAUUCUGCGGCGGCAGUAUCAUCGCUCCCACUGUCAUCCUCACCGCCGGCCAUUGCGUGCAUGACUUCACCGAUGAUGACAUGAUCGAUCGUGUCCGAGUCGUCCCCGGUGGUGGCGGAAACCUGGCGGCGGCCACGGAAGACCGCGACAGAAUGCUGUUCCGCAUCCGCGCUGUGCGUCGUCAUUCGCAAUACGACAACCCACCCGGCACCACCAACAACGACGUCGCCCUGCUGAUCCUGGAACAACCUAUCCCCUUCGGUGGUAACAUCCAGCCCAUCUGCUUGCCCGGCUUCGACCCCCAAGAGAGAGGCCGUGCCGCCAACAUUGAUUCGCAAACCGGCAAGCCCGCGGUCGUCGUGGCUGGUUUCGGACAUCUGGUCGAAGGCGGUGGCGGUUUAAACGGUCGCGUUGGCUCUGGCUCUGACCAACUGAUGCAAGUCUUCCUCGACUUCCAGACCCCCGUCGAAUGCAAGGCUGGUCUGAGCCGCAACGGCAUGUACUUCGAUCCCAAGACGAUGAUCUGCGCUGGAUUCCCGGAGGGCGGUAAGGACUCGUGCCAAGGUGACAGCGGUGGCCCCCUGGUCAUGAAGACCAAGGAUCAACAAUGGAGCUUGAUCGGUGUGGUGUCUUUCGGUGCCGGAUGUGCGCAGGGCGGCGGUGCCUACGGAGUGUACGCCAAUGUCCGCAACUUCAUCCCUUGGAUCCAGCAGAACAUGUACUAAACAACUCGCAGUUCAUGGGAGAUUCCUCAAUAACUUUCACCAUCUGUUUGCUAGUUUCGCGCUCGAAAACAUUAGUGCAAUAGCUAAACAAUUCACAACAUGGUUUUUUCAAGUACCGCAUUUCUUCUGAUGCUUUGAGGGCUUUCGUAAUUGACGUUUUCAGCAACGCAAUUGCCGGUGAUAAUUAAAGUGCAAUAAUUAAAGUGCAGAUGCAGAAGCAUACAGCACUGGUAUCCGUUCUGUAACUUCUGCUGCACUGU